ACAAGGUUAGCACGAGCAGUACUUGAGCAAGUCGAAAAUCUCAUUGACAUUUGUUGCCAAGGUGUGUGGAAAAGUUUAGAAUGUUUCUUCGCAUUCGUGUGUUGAGUGGACGGUAUCAAGGAAAGUAGAGUAAAUCUACGACCACACGGGUUCACUUGAACUUUCUUAUUAACGAAGGAGUUUAAUGCUCUUUAACGCAAGAUUGAGGAUGCUGAAUCUACCUGUACUUUUGGUUGAGUUCCCAACUGCCUUAGGUCGAUGAUAUUUUUACCAGUUUAUUGACUGAUGUUGUUAUGCUAGUUUCCACGUUUAGAGGAAAUGUAUUGCUUUCUUUGCUUCAUUGUUCUCUGGCUCGUUACCAAAAAUUAACGAGAGCGAAUAGUCUUGAACAUUGUGAUAUCAACUGAUUUUGUCAACUGCCCUGUCCAUUGUGAGUCUUAAAGUCACUCGUAAAGUGUCUUCUUUUUCCAAGACUUUUCCGGAUGCUACUAAUAGGCGUUCUCUUCAACUUCAUUCCACGUGUCUUGGUUCUCUAAAUUCCCUGCUGGACUUAUUAUGAAGCUCAAAUGAAGGAUAACUUGUCACUAUAUUUCGAAUCAGUCUUUGUGAUGACUUGGAUUACUGCAAUCUUGAUAAGAAGAGAGAACUAUUUAAGAUUAUCGUUAGUCAUUUCACGUAUUUAAAGGACAGAUGAAAGUACUCAAUCCGAUCAAGAGCAAUAAAUCUUUUUUUUCGUUGAUCUACAUGUUUCAAGGCUCCUUACAAGGCUCUUCAGUAAAAGGAGAAGUGAUCCUCUGCACUGUCAUUUAUGGAAACAUAUAUUACUACGGAACCAUGGAGCUUAAUACAACCGGACUUUAUAUACCAUUUUUCCAUUGGAAAUAUUCUAUAGCAUACAGUUGCUUUGUUUCCUCGUUGCAGAAUAAUGAAGUAACUCAUGGAUCUGUUCCAAGAUUCUUCACUAUAAACUCUCUGUUUUAGCCAUGGUCGAAUCAAGGUAGAAAACUUUUCAUAUAACUUGAGCUUAAGUGAAAUACGAAAGGGUACGAAAAUCUACCCAUUAGAAAGCCAUGCAGGUUUGUUCCGCAAUAUUUAUUACUCUGUUUAAUAAGAAUGGCUUGCAAGAUGUUUCAAUUUCCAGUUUCGAAUACGUCUCAAGGAAAAGGUAUUAUCCAUUCUCCAAAGCUGCAGUCCCCUCAAAAGCAAUUGUUCUAGAAAACAACGUCCAUUCAAACCCGUCGAUAGGCGGAUUUAGA